AAUAUCACGCACUGUCCCUGGCAGAAGCACAGUACGUUCAGCUUUUUUCUAGAAUGACUCGGCCAUUUGUUGUUGGAGCUUGGUGGUGUUGGGCUAGGAUUGCUGGGUAAUCUAGAGUUGGGUGUUUGUUUUUGUUUUCUCCGUGUUGUGGUUUUUCUGCCGAGAAAGGAAGAACUGUCUUUUAAUGAUAAUGUCACAGUUCCUGCGUGGGGUGCAGAUGUGGGCAACUGCUGAGACAUCGCAGGAAGCGAGGAUAUGAGUUCAGAUCAAAAUUGCAGUGAAACAUCAGGCAAAUUGAGCUACUGCAACUUGAGUCAUCAGACAGAUGCAAUGAUUGCAUUUCAUUGGCAAGCCAACAAAACACAGACCAUCCUCUGUGUUUUGAAGCCAUUGCCUGUGGAACCUCUGCAAGCUUGAGAGCUUAGCACUCCUCCUCAUCCAAGACACCACGUUGCAAACUUCUCCAUUCAGUGAGCAUGUUUGUGGACUCAAAGAGGGAGCCUGUGAAGAUGCUGCUGCAGCUGCUACUGCUGCUUGCUGACAUUUUGGGAUCCAGAGCUGAUGCAUCACUGAGAAUGAAGGCUCUUGAGUUAAUGAAGCAAGCCCCGUUAAUCGAUGGGCACAAUGAUCUGCCACUGAAGCUGAGAUGGUUCUACCAGAACAAGAUGAGCAAAGUUGACCUGAGAACACUCAACACGACAGACACAAACAUUCAGAAGCUCCAAGGUGGCCAUGUUGGUGCUCAGUUUUGGUCAGUGUAUGUUCUCUGCAGUGCACAGAACAAAGAUGCCGUGCGCUUGACAUUGGAACAGAUUGACGUUGUCAAGAGGAUGUGCACAGCCUAUGAAGAAUUUGAACUGGUGACCUCUUCUCAAGGCAUUGCCAAGACGGACAGCAAAAAAAUAGCAUGCUUGAUUGGCAUCGAAGGAGGUCACUCCAUCGACAGCAGCCUUGCAACUCUGAGGAUGUUUUACGAACUGGGCGUUCGGUACAUGACGCUGACCCACAACUGCAACACUCCCUGGGCAGAAACCUCAUCAAAGGAAAUAUAUAAUUUUUAUCCCAGCGCUGAGGGCUUGAGCACUUUUGGCAAAGAAGUGGUGAAGGAGAUGAAUCGACUGGGGAUGAUGGUAGACUUAUCUCACACAUCUGACGCAACAGCAAGGGCAGCUCUUCAUAUCUCCAAAGCACCAGUCAUUUUCAGCCACUCAUCGGCUUCCUCAAUCUGUAACCAUUCAAGGAACGUUCCAGAUGAUAUUCUGACACAUCUGAAAAAGAAUCGUGGAAUUGUGAUGGUGACAUUCUCAAUCGCGUUCUUGGCCUGUGGUAGCCGAUCAGUUAACGUUUCUACUGUUGCAGGCCAUGGCAACCAUAAAGAAAGCAGUCCUUUCCUCAACACCUCUGAUCCUGGCAAAGGAGAGGAUUACUAUGACCGAAACUUGGCCUUGUUUGAGGAGGAAUUGGAUAUUCGGCCCAAAGUCUCUUCCCUGCUUGGCAAACUGGUCAGCUACACAAAUCUCACUCAGGGAGCCAAGGAACAUGAGGAAGCAGAAAGCGCUGAAGGCUCAAGAAAGAAAAUAUCAAAAUCACCCAGCAUGGGCACCCUGAUGGGAGUCUACCUGCCAUGUAUGCAGAAUAUUUUUGGGGUCAUUCUCUUCCUUCGACUGACAUGGAUGGUGGGAACAGCUGGUGUUCUACAAUCCUUCCUGAUUGUCUUAAUCUGCUGCUGCUGUACUCUGCUGACGGCCAUAUCGAUGAGUGCUAUUGCAACAAAUGGUGUUGUUCCAGGUUCUGGAUCUGGCCAUUAUGAUGGGAUGGAUGAAGCUGGUGGUUCAUACUUCAUGAUCUCAAGAUCUUUGGGCCCUGAAUUUGGUGGAGCGGUGGGACUGUGUUUUUACUUGGGGACAACGUUUGCAGGUGCUAUGUACAUUCUUGGUGCCAUUGAAAUUUUGCUAACAUACAUUGCUCCCCAAGCUGCCAUUUUUCAUCCAACUGGUGCCCACGACACAUCCAACGCUACGCUGAAUAACAUGCGAGUGUAUGGAACCUUAUUCCUCACGUUCAUGGCUGUGGUGGUCUUCGUAGGCGUGAAAUAUGUCAACAAAUUUGCUUCUCUUUUUUUGGCCUGUGUCAUAAUAUCCAUCUUGUCCAUCUAUGCUGGAGCGAUCAAAUCCAUCUUUGAUCCACCUGUUUUCCCAGUUUGUAUAUUAGGCAACAGGACUCUUUCAAGGGACCUGUUUAAUAUUUGUGCCAAAACUACAGUUGUUGACAACAUCACUGUGCCCUCCCAGUUGACUGAGCUCUUCUGCCCAGGGUACAACACCACCUCUGGAUUCUGUGACGAGUACUUCCAAUUCAAUAAUGUUACAGAGAUUGUAGGGAUACCUGGAGCUGCAAGUGGCAUUUUGAAAGAUAACAUCUGGAGCAAUUACUUGGAGAAAGGAGAAAUUUUGGAGGAAGCUGGUCACCCAUCUGUUAAUGUGGCUGGACAUAAGAACAACCUUCACCUGUAUGUUUAUGCGGACAUAGCAACUUCCUUCACAGUGCUUGUUGGCAUCUUUUUCCCUUCAGUGACAGGGAUCAUGGCUGGCUCAAAUCGAUCUGGAGACCUCAAAGAUGCCCAGAAGUCUAUCCCUGUUGGAACAAUCCUAGCAAUUAUCACUACAUCACUAGUCUAUUUCAGCUGUGUGCUGCUCUUUGGGGCGUGUAUUGAAGGAGUUGUUCUUAGAGAUAAAUACGGUGAUGCAGUGAACAAGAACUUAGUGGUGGGCACUCUCUCAUGGCCCUCACCGUGGGUCAUUGUGAUAGGCUCUUUUUUCUCUACUUGUGGGGCAGGUUUGCAGAGCCUCACUGGUGCCCCACGGCUGCUUCAAGCAAUUGCCAAGGACAACAUAAUUCCUUUCUUAAGGGUGUUUGGCCACGGAAAGGCAAAUGGUGAGCCGACCUGGGCCCUUCUGUUAACAGCAUUGAUUGCAGAACUUGGCAUUCUUAUUGCAUCUCUUGACAUGGUGGCCCCAAUUCUUUCUAUGUUUUUCUUGAUGUGUUACCUAUUUGUCAACUUAGCCUGUGCAGUGCAAACACUCCUAAGAACUCCAAACUGGCGGCCCAGAUUUAAGUACUACCACUGGGCCUUGUCCUUUCUAGGCAUGAGUAUCUGCCUUGCACUGAUGUUCAUUUCUUCCUGGUAUUAUGCUUUAGUGGCAAUGGUCAUCGCAGGCAUGAUUUACAAGUACAUUGAAUACCAGGGGGCAGAGAAGGAAUGGGGCGAUGGGAUCCGGGGUCUGUCGCUAAGUGCUGCCCGAUAUGCUCUGCUGAGAUUGGAGGAAGGCCCCCCACACACCAAGAACUGGAGGCCGCAGCUGUUGGUGCUUCUGAAACUGGAUGAAGAUUUGCAUGUGAAAUACCCCAGGCUAUUAACAUUUGCUUCUCAGCUAAAAGCCGGCAAAGGGCUGACCAUAAUUGGAACAGUGAUACAAGGCAACUUCCUGGAGAGCUACGGAGAAGCCCAGGCUGCUGAACAGACAAUCAAGAACAUGAUUGAGAUUGAGAAGGUGAAAGGAUUUUGCCAAGUCGUCGUGGCUAAUAAAGUCCGGGACGGCAUUUCCCACUUGAUACAGUCGUGUGGAUUGGGGGGCAUGAAGCAUAACACUGUGGUGCUGGGUUGGCCAUAUGGCUGGAGGCAAAGUGAAGACCCAAGAUCCUGGAAGACCUUUAUAGACACUGUACGAUGUACAACAGCAGCUCAUCUUGCCUUGCUGGUGCCCAAAAAUGUGUCCUUCUAUCCUGGAAAUCACGAGCGUUACAAUGAAGGGAACAUCGACGUCUGGUGGAUUGUGCAUGAUGGAGGCAUGUUGAUGCUGCUUCCUUUUCUACUCAAACAGCAUAAAGUUUGGCGAAAGUGUAAAAUGCGAAUUUUCACUGUAGCCCAGAUGGAUGACAACAGCAUUCAAAUGAAGAAAGAUCUGGCAACCUUCCUCUACCACCUCCGAAUAGAGGCUGAAGUAGAAGUAGUGGAAAUGCAAAACAGCGAUAUCUCUGCAUACACUUAUGAGCGGACUUUGAUGAUGGAGCAGAGAUCUCAGAUGCUGAGGCAGAUGAGGUUGACCAAAACAGAAAGGGAAAGGGAGGCUCAGCUGGUGAAGGACAGGCACUCGAUCAUAAGGUUAGAGAGCCUCUACUCUGAUGAGGAAGAUGAGGGGGAAGCAGUCCCAGAAAAGAUCCAGAUGACGUGGACGAAGGACAAAGGCGACUCUGAAAAGCGGAUCCACAACAGCACAGUGGAGAACUUUAGGGAGCUCAUCAGUAUUAAACCGAACCAGUCAAAUGUCCGACGGAUGCACACUGCUGUGAAGCUGAAUGAAGUCAUUGUAAACCGGUCCCAUGAUGCGCGACUUGUUCUUCUCAAUAUGCCGGGCCCUCCCAAGAACACUGAUGGAGAUGAAAACUAUAUGGAAUUUCUUGAGGUCUUGACUGAGGGUUUGGAGCGGGUAUUACUUGUCAGAGGUGGCGGCCGAGAAGUCAUCACCAUCUACUCUUGAUCAACAUAAAACAGAACCUGACCGUUUAUCCUCUUCAUGAUAAAAGGACAUUCCAGUUCUUAAGGGAGAAUAGGACUUUUCUUUUUCUGCCUCUACUUCUACACGAUCUCCUUUCCCCCCCAAAGUGUACACAACUCACUGUAGCUGUAAAUGCAAGUUCCACUGCAUUAUUCCAGUUGGAAUAUACGUAUCUCUUUUGAAGUGUGAUUGUAUCACACCAUUCUGCUUAGAGACACAUUUAAUCAUGACUCUGAUGUAGCAAUGCUUCUGCUUUGAUACUCUUUGAUACAGCUCUAAUACUGGUUUUGUGUUUUUUUAGAAAAUAAAAGUGCAGAAUUUUUAGACACUAUAUAUCAUAUAUUAGAACUAAGGUCCAUUCUCUGUUAACAAGAUUUUAAGCAAAUCUUUUACAUUGGGGUCUAGGGGCACUUUACAGCUGUUGCUGAUUCUCUGUAUCUUCUAAGUCAGAAGGGGAAAAAAAUCCUAACCAGUUUAAAUUGGAGGUGGCUAACCUGUGGCCUUCCAGGUGUUGUUGGCCUAUCAGCCCCAGCCAGCAUGAUCCACAAUGGUCAAGGAUGAUGGAAGUCGUAGCCCAAGAGCAUCCGGCAGAGCCACAAAUUAGCCACCCCAUGACUUAAAAAUAUACACACAGUUUCUAAACUCAGCUCCACGACUAUGCUUUCUGUAUUCAAUAAGAAUUUACACUUUGUGAUAAAAGCUUUAAAUUAUGUGAAUUAUGUAUGUGGAUUGCUACAACAUACAGGAGAGUGCGUCUGACUGAAAAUGACCCCCCUCUCCCCCCUUAUUUAUUUUUCUAUUUAUUUGUUAGAAACAUGGCAGAAAGAAAAGCAAACCGUACUAAUGAUUGUGGUCCGCUGCCUGCAGGCCAUUUUUAGUUGGAACAGGCUAUGUAAUAAACACACAACUGGUCUGUUAGAUGUUUUCAUAGAGUUUCUUCCAAUAAAUUAGAUCAAAAGGUUAGUUCUAUGUAGCUCUGCUCUGUUCCAAGUAAUUUUGCAGGCUACAGUGGUGUAAACAGGUAGGCUGUACUUUUCAAGAAUGUCAACACACACCAUUCACAGGACAUGCUGGUUACAAAGUGAGGAAGGUUGACAUUAUGGGGAAAAUCUUUUUUUAACCAGGAAGUCUUAAGGGUUUUUUUUACAUCCCACUGUAUUUACUGUAUGGGAGGUCUGUAUUUUUUUCCAAUAAAAUACUGCAUACACUUGA